AUGCCUUUUUCAUUUACUUUUCUAAUAUUCUUAAUAGGUCUUUUUAAAUCAACACUUUAGGAAGGUUUAGUUAACUAGACUAGAAAUCUUAUUGAAGAGAAUUAAUUCAGAAGGCUUUAAAGCUGCUAAUAGUAUUGCGAAGUCUGUGAUGUUGAUGGAAUAUGCUUGAAAUGCCUUGAUGAUAGAGUCUUUCCUAAUUGUGUUUGUCAAAUAGGUUUUUACAGUGAUUCAUAAGGUAAAUGCUAGCCAUGUAAAUAGGGAUGUUUGACAUGUACAACAGCGAACGACUGCUCUGCUUGGUAAAAUAUAUAUUCAUUUGAUGCUGCAACAUAGGGUUUGAAAUGUAAUAUUCCUAGCACAGAUGGAACAUGUCAAAGUCCUAAUAAUAGUGUCCUAUUUUACUAUACUAGGUUGCUAAACGAUUAUCAAACAAUUGAAGUUAUUUUUAACCAAAUGAUCUACAUAAAAAGUGCAGCAAAUUUUUAAAAUUAGAUAAUUCCUUCACCUACUAACUGUGCCAUAUUUACUGCAGAUUCUUCAACAUUCAUCAAUUCUUUUAGUUCUUCAUGUUCCAUAGAUUCAUUAAAAAGAAAUAUAUUUGUGAUAAAUUUAUAAUCUAAGCCUUCAACAUACAAUGCUCAAAAUCUUUUCCCUGUUCCUGAAUUAGAUCCAACUCAAAUAUCGAUUUAAUUAAAUGAAAAAUAAAUAUCUGUUACUAAAAUAUACAAGUUAGAAAAUCAAAUGAGAGUUCAAAACAAUGUUCUAAACAGGAUUUGCUUUUUUCCAAAGACUGAAGCGUUUAUAAAAGUAGGUUCAUCCUAACUAUUUCUUGCUCAAUUAAUACCUGGUAUGAUAUUCUAUAGAAACGAUAUCCUAAAAGAAAUUAAUGUAGUGAGCCCAUCAUAAUAUGUUGGAUAGAAAUUUGAUAUAUCUAAUUAUGAUGAUCCUAAUGGGCUUUCAGGGUAUUAAAUUAGUUUCAAAAAUACACCAAAUGUUGAAGCCAGUCUAAUUAUUUCUAUAAAAUGCUCAAUAUUUGGUUCUUCAACAAUAUCAUAAACAAAAUUAAGUUUGUCUAAUACUAAAGACACUAAUAAAGAAUAAGUAGCUCUUUAAAUAACAGGACAACUUUAUUUUAUUAACUAAAACUUAUAAAUAAAUUUUCAAGCUAUACAGUUUUCAUCAUUUUAAGAUUAUGCAAUAAAAAUUAUCACUCAGCCAUAAGUUAUGGACCCAGUUGUUAAAUAUUUAGCUUAAGCAGACAGUAAUGGAGUAAUUGGAAUUGUUCUCCCUUAAUUCACAGUCAAAGAGUCAAAAGAAGUUGUUUUUGUGUCUUACAUUUAUGAUUUAAGUGGUUCUAUUGUUUACCAUUCAUAUUGCUUUGCUUUAUUUGCAAGUGCCUAAUAUAUCACAGAACUUAUUUAGCCAAUUCCAAAACAAAAUCCUUUUUCUGAUGUUUGGAUCACUGUGGAUACAAAAGGUUUUUUUUUAGGAUAGUCAUAAAUAUUAAGUUCCGAUUUUUAUGCUUAAACUUGGUAUUGCAUUGAUCAAAACAAAAAUUCAUGUCUUAGUAGAACUGGAUAGCCAUUUUAGUUGAAGCAGCUUGGAAAUAGAAUGAUGCUUCCAGCACAACAAAUGUAAGUAAAUAUGAAAUAUACUUUCUACUACCAAUUUAAAAGUAUUGGUUUAGAAUUUAGUAAGCAAUACUAGUCAUAUAUUGUUGAUACAGGAUCAACUUUUGCAAUUGCAGCAUUUUCUUAUUAGCCUUUGAAGUAGGCAAUAAAUCUUAAAGAUGUAGUCUAUAUAGUACUUUUGAUUCAGGCAGAUUUUCCUUACUAGAUAGGAAAUGCUCUUUUUAACUUAGAGAUUUCAAUUGGCAAUAGUGAAACAAAAAAAUUAUAAUCAGUCUCCAAUCAAAUAUCAUUUAUUCCUGAAGAUUAUUUUCCUAACCCUGACUUCAAUACUCCUAUUUUAAAUGUAAAAUACUCCAUUUAUGACUAUUACUUUUAGUAAACCAUACCAAUGCAAGAUCCUAAUUCCCCAUUGUAGAUCAAUCUUAAUCCUCCUAACUAAAUGGCAAUUAAUAUUGUAUCAAAGACUUAUGUAGCAUAUUAAGAUUAAGUAAAAAUCUAAUGCAAUAAUUGCCCUAGUAACAUAAAAUACUAAUUCUUCUAUUACACAAACUAAAGUGAUAGGGAUUUUGAACUUAAAAACCCUCUUUAAACAAAAAGAAAGAUGCUUAGUUUAGAAUAAUAGCAAUUAUCAACCACUACGAUCCUUCCUCCUGGAAACUUAAUAAUCAUGAUAUUAGGAUUUGAUGUAGAUAAAAACUUGUUUACUAAUGUUACAUAAGCUUUAACAGUUACUGGGACAACUUUUACAGAACAAACUUACACAAAUUUAAUUUAAAGUUAAUAUGCUAAAGCUUAGUUAUAUCAAAAUUAAAAUUAGAUUCUAAAUUAAAUUUUGACCUAUCAAACAAUCAUGGAAGCUAUCGAAUAGUAUGAAAGCUCAAAUACCUCUCCCUCAAACGUUACUUAAAUCAAACUUAAUAUUUUAAAUAAUUUGUUGCAAGGCUAAUGGUCUACUUAAAUCAAUAAUAUCUUAACUCUUUCAGGAUAGAUCAUUCAAAGAUUGCUAUAAAGCUAAAUUUAGUUAACUCAACAAAUGUUUUAAUCAGCUUCAACUUCUAUAAAGAAUAGAAUAUCCUUUAUCUACUCUCAAGCAAAGGUACUUGACGCUGCUUCUUUAAAUGCUGAUACUAUUUUGCUUUUUUAGAACAACAUAUAAAUUACAUCACAAAUAUAUAUGCAGCUAGUCAACAAAAGUGUUAACUUUGGAAAGUAUUCGGAAUCUGAGAUAAUCCAGAAUACAAUUUCUUUAAUGAGCUCCUACUCAUGUUUGCUCCAAACCAACCAGUCUCCUGUCAGACUUACUACUCAAGCAGCCUCUUUACAAAUUGAAAAGUAUGAUGAUAUUACAUUCUAAUAUAAUUACUAUUAAUUAGUUGGUUAGAAUCUAGAUUCCAUUACCCUAUCCUAGAACUAUUAUGUCUUAACUCAACAAUGGACCAACAGUACUUAUGUGUAUCGUGAUGAACUUUAAUAAAUUAACUAGUAAUAUCUUACUUAGGUUAAUAGUACUUAUGUUCCAUACCUUUAGAGAACUUAUGAUAUUAAAAUCCCUGCCAUAUUUACUGAUUAACCAUAUGUUGUCUCUUCUUCUCGUAGAAGAAGAUUCUUGCAAACAGCUCCACCUUCCUCUUUACGUCCUAAUUUCAUUAUGAAUUUUGGAUAAGUCUCCCCUGAUGAAAAGCUCUAGUGCAUAUAGCGCUAAACUACUGGUAAUUGGGUUCACAAUAGUUGCCAAACUAAAGUAUUAUAUUAAAAUAAUGUAAGAUCAAUAUCUUGUAUAUGUUAAACUCCAGAUGUCACAUCAAUAAUUGCUGAUAUCACUGGUUUAAUAGAAAAUAAAAAUUUGUAAAAAAUCUUUAGUGAAGAUGGAAUUUUAGGUCUCAGUAAUCUAACAAACUGGUAUGAAUACGCAGCUAUUUGGACUAUGAUAGGCCUUAAUGUAGUCUUUAUAAUGUUAAUAGUACAUUUUAUUGCCCUUGAUAAGCAAGACUUUAAGGCUUUGCAAAGUAGCUCAUCAUAGAAUGUUGAUUCUAAAGAUAAGCCUACCAAAAAGUAAAAAAUGCUUUUGAUCAUUAAAUAAAAAAAACUUGAAAGUAAACUCUCAGAAAAUCUUAUAGAAAUUUAAAACAAAACGCCUUCUCAAAAUAAAUAGAAUUACGAUGAAAUAAGGUAGACAGAAACGCAAAAUGAUCAAGAACUUUAAUUAUUGUCAAAGAAAUAGCAAAGCAAUUCAGACAAAAAAGAAAAUAUUUUUGAAAAAUAAUAACAAAACGAAUUAAAUAAUAAUCUCUAAACAGAAAAUAAAAUUUUAAGCAAUUUAGACACUAAAAAAGAAUCAUCAAUAAAAUUGAAGAGCUAAAAUUCAGUUAAUGAAGAGGACUAAAAUAAACUUGAAGCUGGAAAAUCAAAAUAAUUAAUUUAAAUGAAUGAUAACAAGCAAAGCUUCCAUAAUGUAGUGACUACAUAAAAAAAUCUUACUAAUGAGCAACUUAAUGAAAAUGAGUCAAUUAAUAAUGAGCAUUUAUCCCCUAAAAAUAAAGAAUUACAUAAUAUUAACUCAAAGAAUUCUUCAGUUUAAUAUGAUUCAGUGAAAUCUAAAAAAAUAAUUACUGAGGAAUAAAUAGAAAAAUAAACAAGUGUUUUAAAUGAAAAAUAGUUAAAAUUGCAAAUAAAAUAAGAGAAGUAGCUUAAAGAAAAAUAAGAAAAAGCAGAAAAAGAAGAGUAAUAAAAAAUAAAAGAUGAGCAGGCAAAACAGAAACUUUAGCAAUUCUUAGAUAAAGAAAAACCUAUUCUGGGAAUAUUUGCAUUCCAUUAAUUCCUGUCUUUAUUCUAUGUAUAUUAUGAAAAACAAUCGAGACUUCUCAGAUUGGCCAUAUAUUACAAUAAGUUAAUAUGGUUAUUAACUUUGAAUUCUAUUUUUGGAAAAAAUAUAAGUGUUGUGUAGGUUAUUGUUUUGAGUAUAGUCACAACAAUUGUACUCACUAUUGUGACAACAAUUAUUUAAAUGCUUUUAUCAAAAUAGAAGCUAGUCAAAAUAGGUUUAGUUAUUAUAUUCUUAUUUUGCUUAUUCUGUUAUUAUAGCAUACUCGUUGUAAUAGCAGGACAAUCGGCUGAAGAUGCUAACAUGUGGAUUUUAUCCUAUCUAGCAACAUUUAUCCUUAAUGAAUUCAUAAUAGGGCUUUUAAUAAGUAUUGGUAUGUAUUAUGGUUGCAAAAAAUUGAUAACAAAAGUUAGCAACACAGUUCUAGAAUUGUUAGGGGCUGCUUUGCUUUUACAAACCUUUAAAUCUUGA